CCCAUCCCAUUUCACCCCCGCCACCGCCCGGGAGGAAGAGGAGGACCUUCACCUGCCUGUCCCGCCCCGCCAGGUGCGAGGUGGAGCAGGAAGCGACGGCGGCGCCGGAGAGGACCCGCGCCCGCCUCGGCGCCGGGCCCAUGCGGGGAGAUGGCGGCGGGCCGGGCGCUGGCCGCGCUCUUGGCCCUGCUCCUGGCCCUGCUCCCGGCCGCCUCGGGGCAGAUCCUCCAGCGGGAAGAGCCAAGACCGAAGAGCUGCUCAGACAUGCUCCAAGAUGCUGUCUUCUCACUGGCUUACAUCAAGCUUCCUUUACGAUCUCUCUUCGUACGGUGGACAACAUCACAGUUAUGAUUAAACUGAGACCUGGUAUUUUACCAAUCUGCCGAAUUCGUGUUAAACAUGCCAUCGGGUUUGAACUCAAGAUAAAACCUGGGGAAAACAUAACCUUUACCUUCACUUGUAGUACUCCAGAGAAGUAUUUCAUCAUGGAAAUUCAGAAAAAUAUUGACUGUGUGUCAGGUCCAUGUCCCUAUGGAGAUGUUCAUCUUUACCCACCGGGGCUACCUCGCCUUAACAGGACUUUCAUCUGGGAUGUGAAGGCGAGUACAAAGGCUGGACUUGAACUGAAAUUUUCUACCCCAUGGCUAAGACAGAUUGAACCAGGAGAGACGUGCCCAGAUUUUGUUAGCUACAACAUCAACAGCUGUAUUGAUAAGGCCACAGUCAACAUUGGCACCUUCUGCAGGAAUGGCUCAGUGUCUCGGGUCAAGCUGUUGGGAGGAGUCGUCAUGUCUCUGCACCUCCCAUGGGACUCACCUCUCACCACCUCGGGCUUCAACAUAGCUAACAGGGCUUCCAUAAAACGUUUAUGCAUUAUUGAAUCCAUUUUGAAGGGGGAGUCUUCAAUCACCCUGAUGUCCCCAAACUACCCGCUGGGCUUUCCAGAAGAUGAGCUCAUGACAUGGCAGUUUGUGAUCCCUCCCAACAUGAGAGCAAGUGUGUUUUUCCACAACUACAGCCUCUCCAACUGCGAAAGGAAAGAGGAGAGGGUGGAGUACUACCUCCCUGGCUCCUUCAGCAACCCAGAGGUGUUCAAGUUGAGUGACAGCCAACCUGCCAAUAUUGCUGGCAGCUUCAACCUGUCCCUGCAGGGCUGUGAUCAGGAUGCCCAGAAUCCCGGCAUCCUCCGCUUGCUCUUCCAAGUCGUCGUUCAGCACCCCCAGGUCGAUGAGAAUGUCACCCAUUUGGUCGACCUGAGCAAGGAAUGGAACAUGACUGUAACAAUACACUUCGAAGGGUGGCCCAACCGCGUCCCACUCAUGUCUGAACCGAUAUGCCUGAUCUGCAAGGAUCCUCGCACCUGCGACCGUGUCUUGACUUUGGUGUCUGGUGCCAUCUACAAGAUCUCCUUUCUGUGCAAGGACUUGUCCCGUCUGAGGAUCACAGCUGAAAAAGGCAUAAGCUGUGUCGAUCUUCGGUGGUGUGAGAGGAAGAUAUAUUCCCUGUUGGUGCCCAAGGUUAUUACCCAAUUGCCAAUUCGUCUGCAUAAGUUUAUUUGGAAGCUCUCAGCUCCUGAUCUGAUCAACGUAGAAAUUACUUCUCCAUCCUUGAAACUUCAGCAACACCUCCCAGAGCAGAGGUGCAACACAAGCUACAGUUACAGCAUUGUUAGUGCCACCCCAGAGACAGAGUUGAAUGUUGGUGUAUUCUGCCCUGGUGGAUCCAUUGAAAAGAUUCAGAUGCGGAAUAAUAUCACCAUAUCCUUAAAAACAUACGGUAAAGGAUUCCUCAAUGACUCUGACCACCAGGAUCUGAAAAUGUCUUUUGUGCCACAUAUUAAAGAUGAGAGCACUUUCACUGUGAGUCCAGAUCCGAAAGCUAAAGUUUACUUGCAGACUCCCAACUGGCCCUAUGGUCUACCGCCUUAUGUCUCCAUAUCCUGGUAUGUCGUCGUGCCCAGCAAGCAAGUUGCCCGCCUGGGGUUCUCCAAGGACCGCAUGGGCAUCAUGUGUGAGACAGGCCGUGCCUACGUCAACAUAAAGGAAGAGACGCUGGGGGCAGAGGAAAUUGUGCGCCGUGAGGAUGAGCUUCUGCCCAAGCCCCGAAAUAUGUAUCACGACUUCUGGGUAAACGUCUCCAACUGUAAACCUGUGGAUAAGACACAGCUGACCUUGCAGUUCUGGGUGUCUUUCGCUGACAAGCAGAUAGACCUGGGAGUGAUACUUGCUGUGGUGGCUGGGGUUGGAGUUCUCAUGGCUAUUGGACUCACUGUGUGCUGUGUUAAGAAGAAGAAGAAGAAAAGCCAAAAUCCCAUGGUGGGAGUGUACAAUGCUAACGUGAAUACCCAGGUGCCUGGAAAAAAAGGCUUAUUCACAAAAGGGAGGAAAAACAAUGAGUCUCACGUCUAUGCAGUUAUUGAUGAUGCUAUGGUCUAUGGGCACUUGCUGAAGGAAUCCAAUGGCACUGUCACUCCAGAAGUUGAUGUGUACAGGCCUUUCGAUGGACCCGUUGGUAGCUUGCCACCUUCUCCACCUCCGUUCUCCUUCAGAAAAGACAUUAAACAUUCUCCUAACAAUGAGGAACCUCCACCUCUGACGGACACAGACCAUGACACUUACACAUUUGCCCAUCAGAAAUCGGGGCAAACAGAGGACAAUGGAGAUAUAAAUGAAAAGAAUAAUGGAGAUACGACCACGUUCUUGAUGGAAAAUAAGGAACAGGAUGGAUUAGCAGAGUGAUCUUACGCCAGGUAUAGCAGUUUCCUGUGGAAAUACAGGUUACCUGUAAGGACAAGCAUCUAGGGAAGAAAACUGAAGAGGACUGUUAUUUUAAAAUGUGUUGUGAUGUUUUGCGUUUGUAGUUUGUUUUGGUUUGUUUUUUAAUUGAGCUGUUGAUAGCUUUCAGUUUUAUAGUUAGCAUCUAGCGAACUCAAAAACAGUCGAGACACUCCAGGACUGCACGCACUUCUGGUUGUGAAACAGGUGGCAAAGGUACGUUCCUGCUUUCUAUUAUACAGACAUCAGGAAAAUGAAUUCCUAACUCCCAGCUUAAAUGGAGUGGGAAGAGUGUUCUGUCCAGAAUGUCCUCCCUUCUCUCUCACAAGUUAUUUGCUGCUGUUUGUCGGUGACUUCUCGAAGGUGUAGGCUACAUUGCCAUCUCAAGGCAGCUCCAGGAUGCACAGAUGUCUAAGGAAAGGAGGCAACACUGUCAUUUUCAUCACCUGCUACUUGAAAUUUCAUCGUAUUUAGCAGACUGGUGGCAAUGUAAGUGUAGUGAAAGACCACAUAUGCUGCCUGGGAGAGCUCUGUGCCUGUAAAUCAGUGAGAACGCUCGAGCUUGGCCUCUUUUAGUUUAGAAGUAAAGUUAUGGGUUUUCUCUAGUUUCCAACAGAUGUUAUAAUACUUGUGAUAGCACUGUGUAAGCCUACACCAAAGACUGUGUUUUCUUUACUUUUUUACAAAAACAGUUUCAAAAGUCUGAAACAAUUUGCGAUUCUCUUCAGAUGCCUAUAGCAUUUACACUUUGCACUUCUGGCUCAAGUAAGAGUAACUAUUGAGUGACGAAAUAAUGAUUUUGUUAUUUAAUAAUUAUCAGAAAAAAAGAGUAAAGAAAACAUUUCCAGCAGGUAAUUUGUCUGAAAUGCAAAGUAUGAGAGUGAAUUCAUAAGGAAAGCCUAGAUUUUUUUUAAUUGUUAUUAUUUUUAUUUUUUCAUCAAUCUGAAUUUAACAACCAUGUUGAAAUGAUGAUGGGGACAGCUCUUGGUUUCUAGUGGGACUUACACUUCAGUCAUCUAGUUGACUUUGAAAGCCACCUCUUGAAAUCAGGUAAACAGUAGGUCUCAUUUUUAAGUGCUGUAGUAGCACACCCCUCAAUUUCUGUGCCUUUUAAAACCUGAGGGUCAGAUCUUCAUGCAGAGGACUACAGGUAUAUUAAUAAAGUUGCCUUUUUUAUACAAACAUCUGGCUUGUCCAGGUGUGCAGUUACUGAGGUUGUUUCCAAUUUUGCAUGCAGUGUUAGACCAAACGACUUGAGAAUUUCUCUCCAAAUGUCUUAUUGUGAUUUUUUUUUUUGUUGCCUAAAGAUACACAAAGGUGCCAUUAAACUUUUAUACAGUAUUGCAUGCAAUAAUACUAAACAUAUAAUAAUGUCUAAAAUGAAAAAGUUUUUACUAAAAACCUUACUGUUUACAUCAAAAAAGAAUGUGGAUCUCUUCCUGUGUUAACCAUGCUAACAUUGCAAAUUGACUAUUUAUAUGAUCAAGUGUGUGUAUUUAAAAUUGUAUAUACCAUAAUACUGCUUGGACCACUGUAAUAUUCAGUGUAAUGUCAUACCUGACUCAGUUCUCUGUAGCAUAUUGCAAAACAUGUGCCGUCUAAAAGUGCCUUUUAAUUGUUUCAGGUAUUUUCCUGAUUAUGUUUAUCACUUUUAAUAUAGAAAUGUGUAUUCCUAGAUCUCUGGCUAGUCACUGGGAUCACAUAUUUCACUGUGUACUGGGUCAUUUUCGUGUAAUUUGAGAACUUAAAAAGGUUUCUGCAAUACCAGUUUCUGUUUUUCUCAGGUAACUGAAUUGCCACAAUACCUUUUUAUCAGGGUAUUCCAGUUGUGCUUUCAUCCAGUCAAUGUUUUUCACUUCUCCUUUAUUGAAAAGGAAUGAGAAGUCUGUGAGAGAAAUUCAAGGUGGUCUUAUCCCUCUAGCUCAGUUUCUGCGUUUUCUUAGAUGAAAUUUUUUAGGUCAUGUUCUUUCUAACCAUCUGAAGAAAAUGUAAUGGAGGUCGGGCUUUUGUUCACAAGCUCUUGAUCUUUGAAGGAAGAAUAUGAUGCUUGUUGACUAUUGUUUUUAUUUGUUCUAUUUUAACUCAGCUUUUGUUAUGGCAAUACGAACCUUAGUUUACAGUUGUUUCCAGUCUAAGGUUGACUUUAACAGCGCUUACUUUGGUAUGUUUAGAGUUCAGGCACGAAUCUGAGUUUGGUUUUCAUUAAGAGAAAGUUGUGACUUAAUUUUUUUAAAAAAAUAAAUAAAAUAUAAUUAUACUAUCAGUAA